ACCACUCGUACGAGCCGAUGUCAGCGGAAUACCCGAGACGGAUCGCGAUGGUUUCAAGCGUUUCGACCGCGCCGCUUUUCGCUUUUUUCUCUUUUUGCAUUCUGCAAACCAGACACGCCGCAGUCGCACGGGGGGAGAAGAGGCAACGCUUUCGGGACAUGUCGUGAGUCUUGGAAGUUUUUCCGCGGGUUUGUCUCCCAGAAUGUGGUUUUGAUGACGGUUCCGGUCUACUUUGCACCUAUAGUUGGCCGUCCGCUCUCGGCUCUCAUUCGUGAAGUGCGCGCGCGAGACGGCGCGGGGCGCAGCGGGCUGACGGGGGGGUCCCGGGGACGUGCCGAAGCCGUUUGCGCACGGUAAGUUCGGCCCGACGCGGUCUUCCAAUUGACUGAGAGAGGAUUGUCGCACCAUGAACGCGUCUCUCCGGAGGCUGAGCGGCGAAGUUUGAGAGGCGCCGUUCCGCGUUACAGCGUCCGGCGGCGUCGCGUGCGCGUCAACUGUGUUCUGUAUUACACCGCGGGGCUGAUCCGGCGGCGUCGCGUGCGCGUACCGACACACGAGGGUCGAUAUGUUCAUAUAUAGGCAUGGCAGCGUAGACCACGGAUCGGUUUUCCUCUCCCUCCAUGCUCACGUCGUGGUCCGAUAAAGAAAAAGAAAAGAAGAAGAAGAAGCAGCAGCAGCAGAAGAAGAAGAGCUCCGUGGAUCUCGGUGCCGUGCGUGUGCGUGUGCGAACUUGUCUCGAAUCAGCGGGCAUGGGAGAAGCGACUCCCGCGCAGCCCGCCGCGGGGGGAUUCGUACCCAUGUUAGCGGUGGGCAUGGGGUCGAUGCCUGGGGGGGUGAGCGGGAGCAUCGCCGCCUCCAGGGGCUCCGCCGUCCCGCAGCUGCACAGCGCCAUAGUGGAGCGUCUCCGAGCCCGCAUCGAGCUGUGCAGGAGGCACCACUCCACCUGCGAGAACCGCUACCGGCGGGGCCAGGCCGAGACCUCGGACCGGGAGCACGAGAGCACCCUCCACCUCCUCAACCUCGUCCACCAGGGACCCGGGAACAGGAAAACCAAAGGCAGCCGAGGGUCCGCCCAGCAGCCUCCAGAGUACAACAGGACCAACGGGGAGCAGAAGACCCCAAACUCAGAGGGCGAGCAGAAGAUUUCCACUCGAAUAGCUCUCCAAGGAUCUCUGCGAAGGAAGAUUGAAGGCCAUGCACCAGGACAUACCGCAAAGCAGAACGGCCUGUCUUGUGGCCUUUCUGGAUCAGACUUCAAGCGAGUCCGCAUGGACACCAGCGGUCUUGGUCACGGUUCCUGUAGUCACAACUUGGCUCAGUGUCAGUCUCUGCAAGGAUCCUCCGCCAUGGGUAGCAGCAUGCAGAGAAAGAAUUACAUGAUGCCCCAUGGAGUGGGCUCAGAGUUAUUCAACAUGACCUUGAAAGAGAUGAAGAAAGAGCCCACUGAAGUCCCGUCUUGUGGCCAGUCCUCCACAGAGAUGAUUUUUGACUUCAAAGAUGAGGGUGGUGGUCAAAUUGACCCAGAGCUCCAGGAUCUAUUUGAUGAGUUAACAAAGACAGUUCCCUCACUGAAUGACCUGGAGUUUGAGAAGAUGUUGAAGCAGGAUGACACAUUCGGCCUGGACCUCGGCCGGCCAAGCUCGGCAGGGGCCGCCGGUGGCCUGUGUUCUCCACUGGAGAAGCCCAUAAAGACAGAGUACUCUCCAGAUUUCAGCCAGACUCACUGUGGCUCACCACAGCUGCGACCAGCUUCAGCAGGGCCCUCCUUUACAAUGAGUAGUACUUCCUUGACCACUUCCCCUACCACCUCAACACAGAAAGCUAAUACUCAAGCAGGGCACCCCCGAGCCAUGACCUGCUGGCCAGAAGUGUCCCAUGCAGAGCAGCUAAAGCAAAUGGCGGCUAACCAACAGCAGCCAAAAUCUCUGCUCCACCACCACCAUCACCACCACCAGACUUCACCCAAUCUGACCAGCUGGGCUCCUGCCAUGAGCACCCACUCCCCCACCAGCUCCUUCUCCCAGGAUAAGGUCUCCAAUCCAAUGCCGCUGUGCCAACAGAGGAUCACCUCCCAAAGCAAAGGGAUCAACAACUGCCUCUUUAAGCUGAAUGGGCACACUGGAUCCAAUCAUUUGGAUAUGAAGGCCAUCAAUACCAAGCCGACGUUGCACUUCAGUCCCAAAGUACCCAACUCAGUCAGUCAGUCUGUACCUAUUAUGACAAGCUCGCUGAACAAGACUCCAGCCAAGCAGCAGCAACAAUCAUCUUCAACGGGCCCGAAUCAACCUCAUUCAGGUCUCAACUACCAAAACCCACAGAUCUCUGCAUCCGGGGGCCUUUGUUUGCAGCCCAAGUCUAUUCCUCAGCAUGGAGCAGGGCUGCCCUUCAAACUGUCUCAACAACGACAGGGUAUUCCUCCGGGUCCACGGCUGCCCACUAAUUGCAAUAUUGGAGGCCUGUCCAACCAGUCCCAUCCACAGCAACGGCCCCCAGUACCCAACACCCAGCAGAAAGGAAUCAGUAAAGCUCAGGCAAUGCAGAGACCGCUUACCCAACACCAGCACACCAUCAACGACAUAGACAAAGAUAACGCACAAGAUCAAUUCAGUCGCCAUCUCACACGACCGCCACCUGAUUACAAGCAACCGAGAGGUUUGGUGGGAGUUCAACAAGGAAACCUUUUCACAGGAAUAAACUCAUCUCAGCCUCUGAAUAAUGGUCCUGAGAAUGACCUACAGUCCAUGUCCCGUCACCUGCCCAAUGGCUCCGGUUCAAAGAUGGCUCCCUCAUCAACAGACAGGAGAUUUGGCACCGGCAGUGACUGCCAUCCAAGCUCAUGUAUAGGCCAGUUCCAGCAACAAGCCAAUCAACACAGAAUUGGACUAAGUCUUAACAGGCCUAGGUUCCCAGAGCCUAACACACAAGGCAACACUUUUGGGAUGAACAACGUAGCCAACGUGCAACUUCCAAGAACGACAGUAGACCAACAGUCCUCGGGAGUCGCGGGACAGGGGCUGGGAGGUUUGAUGACCAACAUCAGCGCAGGGUGGCCAUCGGAGACCAAGCAAAUGACAAAUGUGCAGGGUAUCCGGAGGUUACCCCUGCCUCUACAUUCUCAGGGAGCACCGCUGGACAUGCCAAACAAUCCCUAUCAACAGAGGCACAUCAGCCCUCCAAACCAGGCGGCACCAGAUGUUGGAGUGCUUCCUCUUAACCCCACCAUCAGGGGCGCUGUCCCCAGACCCAGUCAGGCAAUGCUGUCCUCUCUGCCAACACUGGGUAGCCUGAACCAAGCCUCCCCGGAGCAGAGGGUACCUCCAGGCAACUUUUCAUCAUCCAGCCCCAGUCCUAGCAGCUACCAGAGUAACCGGACAAACCGCCUAAUUUUUGACUUCCUCCCAGAGGGAGACAAUACAGUCCCAGGCAUCAACACAGACUCUGACUUCAUAGACUCUCUGCUCAAGUCCGGCUCUGGGAACGACGACUGGAUGAAAGAUAUAAAUUUGGAUGAGAUCCUUGGCGGUCACCCUUGAUUUGGAGGUGGAGACUGCUUAAGGUGAGCACAGAUAGCUAACCUACGGCUACAGUAGGUGUAAAGGACAUGGAUGUUGGGUGUGAGGGGUAACAUCGGUAAAUGAUGUUAAAAUGGAAUUUUAUAAUCUCGUUAUAUAAUUUGUUACACGCGUAUAUUGUUUUGUUUUGUGUAUCCUGUGAAAAAAAAAUUAUUCUACCCAUAGCUCUUGGUUCAUUUUGUUUCAGGUCUGUUGACCAGUACUUUUCUUUACAGUAACAAUUUUUGUAGUCUGUUUGUUAUGCCAAUGUUGUAGUAUGGUUAUAUAAGAUACAAAACCAACUGUACACUGUGAAAAAAAAGAAAAAGAAAAACAUUGCUGUAUUGUCUCAAAUCUCAUCAUGGCAUUUCAAGUUAAGUUUCUUAAUCUGCAUCCAGGACUUCGCAUGAUGAUGUAAGUUUUGUUUCAUCGACCAUAUAAAGUAUAACUUGACACGGCAAAUGUUUUCCUUCUUAUAUCCAAACAUUUCAUCUGUGGUAGUUUUUCAUGCAAUUUAAAUAGCAUAACCGUUUUCAUGUUAUAUUUAAUAAUUAUUGGGAAAGUUAAAAACUCAUUAUAAUUAAUGUAAUUAAUAAAAUGAAUUUGAACAAAGCAUUUUUGUUGUGUUUUUCUAGCCUGACCAUAACAGCUGCGUUUUGUACCCACUUUAACAUCAAUA